AUGUAAACAGAAUAAACAAGUAAAGACAGUAAAAAAGUUGACACGCAUGAACCUUCUCUCAAGAAAAUGAUGAAAAAGGAUUUAAGCGAAGGACCAAAAGUAACUGAACAAAUUAAUAAAUAGGGAAAUAAUGUAAACGGCUAGUCUACUCAAAAUUAAUAAAUUGUGAAAAUCAAAGACAAUAAUGAUGAUAGUAGCAGCAGCGAUCAUAUUGUUUUGAAGCGUAAGGAAGGUUACUAAACAGCAGAUUUAUAGAAUAGUGCUCCUUAAAAUAUUUCUAAUAAACCCGAAAGCGAUGAUGAUGAUGUCCAAAUUAUUUCUGUUAGUAACCCUACUAAAAACAAUAAUGCUGUUCCUUAGAGAAAGGAAUCAGGUAAUGGUAAUGGGUCUAAUUCUAAGCAGAAGAAAAAGAACACAAAUAGAUGCAAAGUUUGUAAGAAGGGUGGCUCUACUUCUAGCUUUAAGCCAUGCAAAGAUUGUGCAAGACUCUUUCACUACGAAUGCAUAGGAAUGAAAAAAGACCUCGAUAAAGAUAAGAAGUAUAUUUGUGAUCAGUGCAAGGAUAAACAAAAAUAAAAGAGGGCAGUAGAGAGAGAAAAAGAGAAGAAAAAAAAGCAAAAGGAGAAAGAGAAAGAAAAAGAGAGAUAAUUAAAACUAGAAUCUAUAUUAGCUGAGGCAAAAAAGAAGUUAGAAAAGCCAAAGGAUAGCAAGAAAGAAGAAACACUCAAGUUCAUUGAAGAAUUUUAAGCAAAAUACCCUUAAUUAGUUGAAAAUAAAAAAAUAAAAUUCCCUAUCGAAGAUACACUUCUUACUAUUUAUGGAGAAAAGUUCUAAGAUAAUUAAAAUUUAGCAAAGAGACCUCGCCCAUAAUAAUCAAAAAUUAUUCCUUAAGAGUACAUGAACGAUAUUUUAAUGAUUUGGAAUUUCCUUAAUUCAUUUUCAGAGCAUUUAGAAAAUAUGAAAUUUACUAAAGAAUAGUUAUAUAUAGCUAUGGACCAUAAGGGAGAAGAAUCUCAUGCCUUACUUAAUCACAUUUUCAGGAAUUUAGUUAGGUUUCCUGUACUUGACAUUUAUUAUACUCACAAAAUAGAUAAUCAUAAAGAGUUGAGUGAUCAACCUUUUUUUAUCAUCACAAGAGUAGCAAAAGAAAUAGAUUAACUUGAUACUGUUAUGCAAGUCAUAUGGCCAGAAUUUAUUAGGCAUUUAUCAUACUUCUAACAAUACUCAAUCAAUUUUAAGGAUGAUUAAAAUAUAAAUGAAAUACUUGAAAUUAUGAAAAAUAAAGACUUUUCAAGUUUUUAUGAUUUAGACACUAAGCAUAGGAUUAAAUUUAUGGCUCUGCUCAUAGCAUGUGUUGAUGACAGUGACAGCUUUCAUGAUGGUGUUAUAGGAUUUAAAUAAGAGUAAGUUCAUGAAAUGACAAAAGAAAGAAAUGACUUGCAAGUAGAAAUCAAGAAAGACGAGCUCGAGUUUUAAGCUCUAGAUGCUAAAGUAAAAGCUUUAGAAUAAGUUUAAAAAGAAUAAUCAGCAGCAAUCCUUGAGACACUUUCAAGAGCUGAAUCUCUUAAAAAAUCAAAAGAAUUAGAAAAGGAAAAGAAGGAAUUAUAAAAAAUUAAAAAUUAAGCAAGCAAAUUAGAAUAGGCUUUAAUAAAAAAGAAGAAUAAAUGCUAAUAGCUUACUUACGAUUUACCUCAUUACAUAAAUACAGCACAAUUACUUGGUUAUGACCACAAUAAAUCUGAAUUCUGGUUUUUCCAUAAUGAUAGAAAAACUAUCUAUUUAAGAUACAAAGAGAGUAUUAUAGAUGAUGACAGAACUUGGUGCUACUACAAUACUAAAGAAGAUAUAACUAAUUUAAUAAAAAGUUUAAAUAAAAAAGGAAUUAGAGAGAAGAAUUUAUAUGAUAAUCUUAUGUAUCUUGUCAAAAAUGGAUAUCUCUAAUAUAAAUUUGAAGAUUUUGAAAAGAAACCUAAUAAUUAAGCUAACUAGGCUAACACAAAUGGAACAUCACAAAAAGUAGAAGGCUAACAGACAGGAGGUAUUCAAACUACCUUGCAAUUUAAUGCAAAAGAAGGUUUAACUAUUACUUAAAAUGGAGAAAAUCCUUAAGAAGAGAAGAAGGAUAUGGAAAUCGAAGAAAUUAAAAAACCAGAGGAUGCAGAAUAAAAAAGUGCUGAAUAAAAUGGGGAAGCUUAAAAAAAUAUGGAAGAUGAAGCUGAAGUAGAAGAAACUAAAGAAUAAAUAAUUUAAUACUUAUCCAACUAUGAUCCUCAAGCUAUAAUUUCAAAAACAGCUUAGACUUCUACAAAAAAGAAGGCCAAAGGAUCUCAGUAAAAUGAUAAAGAUCUAUCAGUAUUUUAAAGAGCUAAAAGUAAUUAUAAAGAUAUAGGCAUGAUUAUUUUAGAAACCGAAAAGAAUUUUACAGAUUACUUAGAAAAAAGAAGGUGUAGAUGGGCAAACAAAAAUAAUAGAGAAUCUUUUAGAGAAAGAGUAAAAAAUGUUUCAGAUCCAUAAGAGAUAUUUGCUUUACUCGAGUAGUUAAAUGAGGGUUUCUCUGCAGUAGAUCAUAUGUUUAUAAAAGAAAAUGCAAAAAUAUUAGAAAAUGAAGAAGAGUCUUAAAAAAUGGAAUAAGAAGAUAACGAAGAAGACAACUAAUCUGUUGACAGUGACGAUGAGUCAUUCUAAGGUUUAUAAAAAAACAAAAAUGGUAAAAAUUCAAAUCAAAAUCAAUCUGAUAAAGCUCUAUUUACACUUGAAUUCUUCGAAAGUCACCCACAAAUGAGAAGCAAAAAGUUACCAAUGAGAAUUUGGGGAAUAUAUAGUGAAAAAUGCAAGAAAAAUUGGUAAAAUAUGCCAAUGAUUAACAUAAUGAGUGCUUAUCUCUCAAGUUACUUGUUUUGCUCAAUAGUUUAAAGAUUUUUACAAAGAAAGAAAGAAUAAUAUCAAGAAAAACUUCUUUAAGAGCAGAAUAACUAAUUACCAUCGUUUUAUGUAGCCGAUGAUAAAAAGAGCUCAGGUUUAGCAGCUUCAGCAAAUCAAAAAAAGAAAAAUAUAAAUUAUAAUGAUUUUGAUAGCUAUAAAUAUACUGAUAAUAGUUUAAGAAGAAGUGACAGAUAAAAGUACCGUAAAGACUUAUCUGAGCCUAAUUAUGAUUUAGAAGAUUUUGAAGAGGAAGAAUAAGAAGAGAGCCGUUAAAAAGAAGAUUAAGAUAAUGAAGAUUAAGAAGAAGAAUAUAGACAAAAGUCUACUAAGGUUAAAAAAAAUAGUAGAUUUAGUAAGAACAAAGAUACUGAUGAAUAUGAUGAAGAGGAAGAAAAUGAAGAAUAAUAGGAAGAUGAAGAAGAGGAGUAUGAUGCAAGUAAAAUUGAAGAAGAGGAAUAAUUAGAAGAAAGCCGCUAAUCAGAAGAAGAUAAAGACGAAAACGGUGAUGAAGAUGAUGAAGAAUAAGAGGAUAAUAAAAAAUCAUCAAAAAAAUAAGCUAAACGUAAACUUACAAAGUCAAAAGAUUUAAAGAAGUAGAACAAAAAAAAUGAGAAUGAGGAAGAUAAUUAAGAAUAAGAUGAGGAAGAUGAACAAGCAGUGAAGCCAAAAAUUUUAAAGAAAGGAAAAGCAAAACUAAACAAAAAUGCAUAAAAGAUAUAAGAUUCCGAUGAAGAGGAAGAGUUUUAGUUCUAUAAAUAAAAAGAUGAGAAAAAUGAUAAAAAACAAAAGCAUUUAGAGUCUAAUGAUGAGCCAGAUAAUGAAGAAGAAGAAGAAUUUUCUUUUAACAAAAAUAAAAAUUCAACAAAAUUAAAUUCUAAAAAAUAACAAAUGAAAAAUAAUUAAGAUUGGGAUGAAUAAUGCAAAGUAUGUGGCUAACAUGGUGAAGUGCUUAUGUGCGAUACAUGUCCUUCAGUAUUCCACCUCAAAUGUAUUGGGCUUAAGAGUCUUCCUGAUGGAGAUUGGAGUUGUCUUGAAUGCUAAUAAAAGCUCCUAAAAUAAAGAUAAACAAGGAGCUCAGUCAAAAGAAAUUAAAAAAAUUGA